ACUGACACUCUUACACACCGAUUGUUACUUUUUUUCAGAUGUCAACCACACUGUGACGUUACCUGACUGCAUGUAGCCAGACAAAUCUAUGGGAAGGCACAAAAGAAAAUGGCGACCGAUUCGAAAUGCGUGAAAAUCAAUUUGGCACUUGACAAUGAAGAUGGCACCGAGACCGUCGCGUAUAGCUCCAAAGGAAUAUGCUCUCCUCCAACCAAAGAAACUGAAUCUCUCAACAACGCAUCCGUUUUAAGUGGGUCCCAAACCAACCUGUGCAAUGGUGCCACUUCGGUGACGAUAACCGGGGCCUUACGGAAGGUCCCGAACAGCAGCCCGAGCAACUGCAAGCGACCCACGAUAUCACUCACCCAUCUGCCCAAGAGGCUACCGGUGGACAUCCAGUUCAACGAUUUGUCCUAUUCGGUGUCCGAGGGGCGAAAGAGGGGCUACAAGACGAUCUUGAAGGGGAUCAGCGGGAAGUUCAUGUCGGGGGAGCUCACGGGGAUCAUGGGCCCCUCUGGGGCGGGCAAGAGUACCCUGAUGAACAUUUUAGCAGGGUACAAGACGUCGAAUUUGAGUGGCCAAGUAAUGAUCAACGGGAAAGAACGUAAUCUACGGCGCUUCCGCAAGAUGUCGUGCUACAUCAUGCAGGACGACUGCCUGUCUCCCCACCUCACCGUCAAGGAGGCCAUGACAGUGUCGGCGAAUCUCAAGCUUGGCAAAGGCAUCACGAAGUCCGAGAAAAAAAUAGUCAUCAACGAGAUAAUAGAUACUUUGGGGCUACAGGAUUGCGUGGACACGAACUCGGUCAGUUUAUCAGGGGGACAACGGAAAAGGUUAUCCAUAGCCCUGGAGCUGGUCAACAACCCCCCGGUGAUGUUCUUCGACGAGCCCACCAGCGGCCUGGAUAGCUCCGCGUGCUUCCAGUGCCUGUGCCUGCUCAAGUCGCUCGCCAGAGGUGGCAGGACUGUCAUUUGCACCAUCCACCAGCCUUCGGCCAGGCUGUUCGAGAUGUUCGACCAGCUGUACAUGCUGGCCGAGGGCCAGUGCAUCUAUCGAGGGCCCGUCAUGAGCCUGGUGCCGUUCCUGUGCGGCAUGGGCCUGAACUGCCCCAGCUACCACAACCCGGCGGAUUACGUGAUGGAGGUCGCUUGUGGCGAACACGGAGACUACGUGCACAAACUGGUGGUGGCCGUGAACACCGGCCGGUGCAACAGGUUCUCCACGCCCAGCCGCGACAGGACCAGCAAGAUCAUCUCGAACGACAUCGCCAAAGAGACGGCCAUCUUGACGACCGCGGGGGACGCCCUGGCGCUGCCCAACGGGUCCGGCGGUGCCAAGACAGCUCCCAACCCCGCGACAUGUACCACAUCCCUGUUGGAUUCCUCCGAGAAUCUGCCCCUAACGGAGAAGAACGGUUUUCCAACCACUGGUUUCCAACAAUUCGUCAUAUUACUGAAGAGGAGCAUGUACAUAAUUCUAAUGGACAAAACAUUGACUAGAAUGAGAGUGGUGGCUCAUUUCAUAAUAGGAAUCCUCAUUGGCCUCAUCUACUAUGACAUAGGCAACGAUGCUGCCAAAGUUAUGAGCAACGCCGGUUGCCUCUUCUUCUGCGUCAUGUUCAUGAUGUUCACUGCCAUGAUGCCAACAAUACUCACAUUUCCAAUGGAGAUGUCAGUUUUUUCUAGGGAACAUUUGAACUACUGGUAUUCUUUGAAGGCUUACUACCUUGCAAAAACUUUGGCAGAUAUACCAUUCCAGAUAAUUCUCACAACAUGUUAUAUAGUAGGUGUUUAUUUCAUAACAUCGCAACCUUUAGAAGCUUUAAGGUUCGGUAUGGUGCUACUAGUCUCAGUUCUUAUUGCUUUAGUGUCACAAAGUUACGGUUUGCUCAUUGGUGCUGGAUUCAAUAUUGAGGGAGGCGUGUUCCUGGGCCCGAUAUCCACCAUACCGAUGGUCCUCUUCUCCGGCUUCUUCGCCAAACUGGACGACAUCCCCUACUACCUAAAGUGGCUGCCCUACCUCAGCUACCUCAGGUACGGCUUCGAGGGCAGCAUGAUCGCCAUCUACGGCCUGGGCAGGCCCAAGCUGACAUGCACCGUCACGUACUGCCCUUUCAAGUACCCUGAGACGUUCCUGGAGCAGAUGUCGAUGAAGGACGACAUGCGCACGUACCUGAUAGACGUGGGGGUGCUGACAGGGCUGUUUCUCUUUCUCAGGGUCUGCGCGUACUUUUUGUUAAGGCUGAAGCUCGUGCAGAACCGAUAAGUGGGGUUGGGGUGCUCAUUUUCUUGGUUAGUAUUGUAUCAUUUUGGUGGUUUGGAGACAUAGGGACACUUGACGUGAAAGUUGCUAUCGAAAUAAUAUUAAUAUAGUUGAGAGAUGAAUAGUCACUCUGGGAGACAAGCUCGCAAGUACCCUGAGAGGUUCCUGAAGCAGAUGUCGAUGAAGGAUGACAUGUACACCUACCUGAUAGUCGUGGGUCUGCGUGUACUUCUUACUGCGGCUGAAGC